CAUAACCGCGUGAUUUACAACUGUCUGAGCAAAUAUACAAGGUUUCUCACAACCUGUUUAUUAAGUUUAUUUUGCAGUGGGCUGUUCUGUAAUCUAAGAACGUAUGGACUAGAUUGCAUGACAUCACGGCUCCAUAUAAAGACCAGACCGCAUGAUGUAUUUAAAAAAGGAGGGGAAACCAAGAGAAACGUCGCAUCCCUGACGGUUCCUCUGGUGUGAAGAUGGCGGUCCCAACUCAAAGCAGCCGGACCGGAUCCGUUACCAGUCUGGGAAACAGUCCAACAGCAACACCGGGCGGCUUAAACAACAACCACAAGCUGUGGUGCUGUCAUGAGCUUGAUUUCAGGUCCGGAAUGAAGAUCGAAGAGCUCAACCGACUCAUCCAUGAAUUCAGUAAACAAGACCAACGAGAAUAUGAUGACCAGAGGGCACUGGAAAUACACACCGCUAAGGAUUUUAUCUUCUCCAUGCUCGGCAUGGUGCAAAAGCUGGACCAAAAACUGCCUGUCGCAAAUGAGUACCUGUUGUUGUCUGGUGGUGUGCGAGAAGGUGUGGUGGACAUGGAUCUCAAUGAGCUUGGCAUCUACAACCGUGGCUCCAACUAUGACAUGGCCUUCACCCUGUUGGUUCCUGCACUUAAAUUGCACGACCGGAACCAACCUGUCACUCUGGACAUGCGCCACUCAGCACUUGGUCACUCUUGGCUCAGCUUGCGACUUUUUGACGAGGGUACCAUUAACCGUUGGCGGGACUGCUGCACGCUUACUGAUCACCUGAAUGGCACUACCAACUACUUCUUCUCACCUACACUGGUAGCCGACUGGUUCCAAGAAGCUGUUGGACUAGUACUGGCAGAGUUACAGCGCAAGCCACAAAGGGGCACCCCGAGGGUGGAGCGAGUUGAGCGUCACAACACGCUGCUCACUAUAGUUUUAGGUGUGGGCAACAGCCGCAUGCUUUAUGACAUUGUUCCUGUGGUGUCUUUUAAAGGCUGGCCGGCCGUUGCUCAGAGCUGGUUGAUGGAGAACCACUUCUGGGAUGGCAAAAUCACAGAGGAGGAGGUUAUCAGCGGUUUCUAUCUGCUGCCUGCCUGCUCAGCCUCUGGUUGCAGAAAGAACGAGUGGCGUCUCUCUUUUGCCCGCAGCGAGGUUCAAUUGAAAAAGUGUAUCUCACCAGGCCUCAUGCAAGCUUACCAGGCGUGUAAGGCAAUAGUUAUUAAGCUACUAGCCCAACCUACAUCUAUCAGUCCCUAUUACUUACGUAGCAUUAUGUUGUGGGCCUGUGACCGACUACCUGCAAGCUAUUUGUCACAGGAAGAUUAUGUUGUGCAUUUCCUGCUAGGUCUCAUUGAUGACCUGCAGCACUGCCUUGUCAACAAGACCUGCCCUAACUAUUUCAUCCCACAGUGUAACAUGUUGGAGCACCUGUGUGAUGAGACUGCUAUGUUUCAUGCUCGUAAGCUAGCGCUAGUACGCUCGGAUCCAGCUGAGCACCUGCGCUCCAUUAUUGAGCAGGCCAAGGCAGCCAACAGACUGACGCAGGAGAUGCAGCGUCGUGGGAGUUCCUCAGGACUGCUCUCGCCGCUUGCGGAUCCCUCCUUGGCUGAUCACCAGCAGUCAGAUGACCGGCUGGCCAAGAAGCUACAGCAGUUAGUGACCGAGAAUCCAGGGAAGUCUAUCUCUGUGUUCAUCAACCCUGAAGAUGUCACACGACCUCACUUCCGUAUUGAUGACAAGUUCUUCUGAAAAC